AUCUUGGAAAAGAAAAAUGUAAAUACGAGCUCGAGAAAUUUUGUUUUGGCCUUUCAUGAGCAAAGAAAUCGAAGACAUGGUAGAUAAUUGCGCAAUUUGCACUAAAUAUAGAAAAGCUAACGUUAAAGAGACUCUAAUAAAUAGGGAGGUCCCGGAUGGACCAUGGCAAACGUUAGGUGUAGACUUAUUUUACUAUCAUGGUUCAGAAUUUCUGCUAAUAGUGGAUUAUUUCAGCAAGUAUGUAGAAGUUGCUAAAUUGCGAGACAUGUCUAGUAGUUCGGUGUUAGCCGUAUUAAAAUCACAAUUUGCUAGACAUGGCAUUCCGUACAUUGUAUAUUCAGAUCCUGGCACCCAACUGAACAGCGUGGAAAUCUUAAAGUUUGCCAAAGAUUGGAACUUCACCUGGAAAACGUCCAGUGCAAAGUAUUCUCAAUCGAACGGAAUGGUUGAAAGGCACAUAGGCACCAUCAAAAGAAUGUUUAACAAACUGGAUGACGAUCCAGGUAAAGAUCCAAAUCUGGCAAUGUUAGAAUACAGAAAUACACCGAUAGGCGAGGGAUUAAAGUCUCCCAAUGAAAUCAUGUUCGGUAGGAAAAUCAGAGGAAUUUUACCUAAUAAAAUAAAUUAUGAAAGAGAAAGAGAGAAUAGAGAAUUUAAAGAGAAAUUAAUUAGUAAACAACUUAGGCAAAAAGACUAUUAUGAUAGAAGUGCCCACAAUUUAAGACCUUUGAAUAUAAAUGAUAAAGUUUACGUAAGGAAAGACUUGAAUAAACCGUUAGUUCCUGCUAGAAUAACUAAGAUCUGCGACAGACCUAGAUCGUAUGAGGUGGAGUUGUCUAGUGGAAAUAAGAUAGAGAGAAAUCGGAGACACUUGUAUGGUCCGACUUAUGAUGACAAUCGGAAAAACGAUGAUCUAUAUGAGGGUCAAAAUACCAAUGUAAAUGAUUUUAAUAGCGAAAGGGCCCAAUUUGAAGCAAGCGAUCCUCCAGAUAGAGACCCAGGAGCUAGCUCGCCUGCUAGAAAAGUAAAUGUAUCGACAGAACCGGCUCCUAGCACAGAUACGCGAACACGGGCGGGUAGGGAGAUUAAACGACCCGAUUACCUAAAAGAUUAUGUGAAAUAAUUAAAUGAUUAUCUAAAUUAUUACAUUAAACAAUGUUAUGAUUAUCUGAAUAAUCAUAUUAAACAAUUUUAUGAUAAUCUGAAUUAUUAUAUUAAACAAUGUAAUGAUUAUCUGAAUUAUUAUAUCAAACAAUGUAAUGAUUAUCUAAAUUAUUAUAUUAAACAAUGUAAUGAUUAUCUAA